CACAUGUUUUACACAUGUUGAAACACGUGUUCAAGCUUGAAUGAAAAAUGGCAGAUUCAGUCAACCUAAUCCUGGAGCGAAUGCUCCCUCAUCUAGAGGAGUUACAGCAUACUGGUAUAUUUCAGGAGGAUGAGAUAAGAGACAUAGUUAAGAAAAGACGACAAAUGGAGUAUCAACUUUUUAGGCGUCCACCAAAGAAAGAAGACUAUUUAAAAGCGAUCGAAUUUGAAUAUAAUUUAGACAAGCUUCGUAAGCUACGCAAAGAGAAAAUGGGCGUAGUCGGCAUGAGUCAGGAUGGUGAAUUUGGUAUUAUUAAUAGGAUUACUAGUCUAUACAGGAGGGCAACAACGUAUUUCAAAGAUGAUAUAUCCUUAUGGCUUAAUCACAUUGACCACUGUAGAUGUACUAACCAGCACACCAUGACCAGUAAACUCUUUGGUAAAGCACUUGCUAUUCAUCCCACUAAUGUUGGGUUGUGGAUUAUGGCAGCUAAGUUUGAGUUUGAGGAGAGACAGGACACUACGGCGGCAAGGGUUUUAUUCCAAGAAGGGCUCAGAACUAAUAGAGAGAGUGAGAAGUUAUGGCUAGAAUAUUAUAGACUGGAGCUAUUGGCUGUUGAUAAACUAAGAAAAAGAAAGAAUGUUCUUAUACUAAGUACAAAUGAAGAGGCACCUAGUGAUGAUGUGAUGGAUUAUGCCAUCAGUUGGCUGGUCUAUAAUGAGGCAAUCAAAUCAAUUCCAGAUAAUGCGUCAUUUCGAAUUGCUUUUCUACCAAUCUUGGUUCAAUUUGAAGAGACGCACAAGAGAGAGCAGGAGAUAUAUGACAAUCUGUUAGCUGAUUUUCCUAAUUCUGGUUUAGUACAUGAUGCUGUUGCCAAGAGGAAUUGGCUUAGGAUUAAUAAUGAAGACUCUCUCCCUGUAAGUAAAGUUAAAGAACUAGAGAGAGAAACUGAGAGACUUUAUAGAGAAGGGAUUGAGAACUUGAGUAGAGCUGAAGUUCCAGAAGAAGAAGAAGAGGUUUCUCUUUGGGAGAAGUAUAUACUUUGGUCUGUAGAGAGACUCCAAUAUUGGAAUAGAAAGAAGGGGCAGGCAAAUGAGUCUGGGAUUACUAAAUUAUUGGACAUCUGCUCCAAGUGUUCUUCAAAAAGGAAACUGAAUGAAUCUCUAGCUGUCAAAAUGGUCAAGUUACUUCAAACUAAUGGUUUACAUGAGCCAGCUGGUAUAUUAGUGAAAGAGAUGGUAAUUCUCUUCCCCUUCUCCUGUCAGUUGUGGUUGAUCAGACUUCACUCUGAGAUAUUAAAUCAGGCAAACUUUGAGACUCUUUCUGAUCUAUUUCAUGAGGCGAUCUUGUCAGUAAAAAAAGAAGUACAUCCAUUGGCUACACAGAUUUGGCAGUUAUAUAUUAAUCAAGUCAUCCUGAGGCACUCGUCAAGCCUUGAUGAAAUAGAAUCAGUUUUUCAAUCUUGCCUGCAGUCAUUGCCUUCAGCUAGUUCCGAACCUAUUCUCCUCCAGUAUUUAGAUUGGGUAUAUAUUAGCAGAGGAAUAAAGAGCAUUCGUAACACUUACAAGAAAAUGUCAAAAGACAAUCAACAAUCUCUCUCAAUCUGUGUUUACAUGAAACUUGUCAGUUAUGAAGUAUCCGAGGUUAGUAUUAACAAUAGAAGAAUCGUUGACCUUUUUGAGGCAGCAAUUAAUAAGUAUGGUUGCACUUCAACAGAUUUGUGGUUAGAAUACAUAAAGACUGUAACAUUGCUAGGCUCAGCCAGUGAGGUGAGUGACUUGUAUUGGAGAGCUACUAAAACUCUUGAUGGAGGGCUGAUCGCCCAAUUUAUGAGUAGACACAGCUGCUUGAAUUUUUCUUAGCUUAAAAAACUAUUAAUUAUUGUUUAUACAUUAUCCGCCCCUCCUUUAUACUGUGUUGUGUGUAAAAGUUAUUAUUAUAAUUUGAUAAACUUUGUACUUGUGGGGACAAUUCACAGAAAUGGGUAAAUUUUACAUUCGACAUGUACACAUGUUGAACAUUUGAAAGGAGAAAAAGACAAAUAAUUAGAGGGAGUGUGUGUGUGUGUGUGUAAGUCAUGUGUUCUGUGUAUUGUUAGUAUAAUAUAUAGGUUUUUAAUUCAGUC